AUGGCGGCGCCCAGGGGUGGCUCGGGCCUGGACACGGACUCGGACAGCAGCGGCGAGGCGGCGGCGCGGUUCCGGGAGGCCGUCUGGGACUGCGCUGCACAGGCGUCGGUGUCGGCGCGGGCGGAGCCGCGCCGCGGUGGCUUUAGAAAGGAUUGGUUACAGCCUGCUCAGCCUAGCCUAAGGCGUGAGGUGAAUGGUCAUGAUGAGGAUGGAAAUGAGCUACAGACAACACCGGAGUUCAGAGCACAUGUUGCAAAGAAACUGGGAGCCAUGCUAGAUGGUUUCAUCACUGUCUUGAAGGACUCAUCAGGACCUUCACAAACUUCUGUGCAACAGUCUGACUCUGCAGAUGACGGUUUUCGCCUCUUCUCUUCCUCUGUCCCAGGAGACUGUGGGAAAUUGGAGCCAUGGCCUGCAGCAAGGAGGAGACAGCCAUCUAGCUCCAGUGACAUGGACAGUGACCAAGAGUGGCAAAGGUACCAGGAGGCUGCUGUGUCAGCUGCAGACAUUCUGAAGCAAAGUGCUUUUCCUGCACUGUCCCAGGAUUCCAGCCAGGAUCAGAGUCAGGGUUAUGUAGAGCACAGCCAGAAAAAAAAGAAGAAAAAGAAAAUUAGGGGAGAGAACAAUCUUCAAGAGAAAAUAAUAGACCCAGCAGAGUGUGACAAGAUCAGCAAAGAUUUGCCAUGGUUGGUGUCUGCAAAUGGACAGCGUGAGGGACAGGACAGCAAUCAUACAGAGAACUCGGUGUUCCCAGGAGGUGUGAAGAAGAAAAAGAAGAAAAAAAGAGAAUGAAGAUUUUGCUCUGCAAAUGGCAGGUUGUUUACAACAGUGGCUUUCUUACUGUAUUCAGAUGGCUCCCCCAGCAGAUGAAGAUGGCUGAAGAUGGCUCUUUAGUUGCUUGGUGAUCAAUGCUAUGAAAUUGCUACAGGAAGGACUUAAGACUAACUUAAAAGUCGCUGUGUUUCAGUCCUUACUUUGGUUGAUUAUGACUUUUGUCUCUCUGAAAUACAGUGGGUUUUGGUAGUUUUCAGUAUGGCUCUUAGUCCAUUUAUACUUCAGUUCCAGUAUUUCAGGAAAUGACCUGUUAUUGAAUAAAUACUCUUCUGUUUCUAAGA